AUAGGCACCUGCCCAGUUGCUUGCUGCGAGAAAGAAUCUUGCAUCAGAAAAGGACUUUGACGAAUAUUCCAUGGACGAUGACGGACGAAUGUUCAACUAAGAGGAAAUAACCGAUGUAAGCCUACAAUUUACUCAUCACAACAUGGACGAGGAAAACGUCAAUAUUCCUGUCACCACGUGGAUCGAACCAAAUAUAGACGAGGGACGUUCCCGGACAGACACGGUUUUUGUUGCAUUUGAUGAACAAUUGGUGGAUGUUAAACAAGACGCCAGUAUCACAAACUUGGGAAAUAUGUGGUGGUGGUGGUAUAAGGAAAUAGUCCUUACUUACACACGAAAACGAACGUCACCGAGUAAAAAUGUACAAGCUAGCGGCCCAAAACUGAAGAAUGACACGUCUUGGGUAAACGCUGUUUGGAACUAUAUGGCGAAAUACUAUAAUGCAUAUCUCAGCAACAUCAACACUAAAAAAAGGACUCUUCGAUUCUCGGUUCCUACAGAGGAAGACUUCAAAAGACUUACGAGAAAAGCUGCCAGGUUUCCUGAUGAGCUACAAAAUGAGAUGCUUAAAGACACUGGCAUUUAUUUGGAAGGUUUGGGGCUGCAGACGAAAUCAAAAGCAAUAAUGGAAUUUAGCGACAGCGCAUACACAGAUUCUAAUUUGGAUACAGAUAGUAUGACCAAUGCAACAUUUGGUGGAGAUGUACUAUACAUCUUGAAAGAAAUGAAAACCGACUUGAAUGAUAUCAAGCGGUCAAUUGCAAGUGUACACAGUGAUGUGGAGAUGUACUAUACAUCUUGA